GGGAGGAAGAAGAAGUAAGAAGUAAGAAGUCUCCCCUUACUUGAUAAAACGCUGUUCUUGGUUAGUUCAUGGGUGUUAAUAACGUGGUUGGGAUUCUUGGAAACACCUAUUAUGGAGACAUUUGCGUGGGUGCUAUUGCUUGCCGGCAGGAGAAGAGGGAUGGCGGCGGAGUCAAGCUGUACAUUAUGACCCUCGGAGUUCUAGCCCCAUACAGGAGGCUUGGCAUAGGCUCGAAGUUGUUGCAACAUUGCUUGGAUAUUUGCCGUCAAGACCCUGGAAUUUGGGAAAUUUAUUUGCACGUUCAGACGAAUAAUGAUGAAGCUAUUGCCUUCUACAAGAAGUUUGGCUUUGAAAUCAGUGGAAUAAUACACAACUACUACAAGCGUAUUGUUCCACCGGACUGUUACGUUCUUUCAAAGUCGUUGGUACCUCAGGCUGGUGGCAGCAGCAGUAGCACAAGUACGAGCUAGCUAGUGGCAGUGUAAGUGCGGUCGGGUUGAUUAGGGUAUAAACGUGUUGCUGCGUGUCGGCCAGCUUGUGUGUGUAUAAAUGGCGGCCCUGCAGCAUCUUCUUCUUCAAUUGAUGAACAGAGCCAAAAAAAGUUGAGACCAAAGUCAAUCUGCAUUGCUCAUUAUUUGAAAAGUGUGAGGCCCCUGGCAAAGGUAUAUGCUAAUUCUACUUUGCCUCUUCCACCUUAGAGGUGAAUGCAGGCUCCAAGGGAAGUACAUGCUGGGGUGGGUUCUGCAGUUAUGCUCAUGUCAGUUUAGGAUGAAGAAAAUGCACUUGGAUAAGGGAGGAGGGAGGGCGGGAGGGCGAUAGGGUGGGAGUAAAUGGGUGCACGGACU